GGCAGGUGCCUGCAACACUCUUUCCUUUUUGCCUUACGUUGGACCCUACUUCAUACUUGGUCAGCGGCGACGGCAGAACCCGAGCGGGAAAGAUGGUCGUCGUAAGGAGGAAGAACGUGAAAGUGUUUACCUUCGCCUUUUUGCUCAUCACGGUAACGUCAUUUCUGCUGAACUACACGAACCAGGUGACCACGACCACCUGGGAUCUGAGACAUCUCAUCAUGCAGUUUUCAGAGCAAGUCCAAAAACUCUUCAAGUACCCCAGGAGACCAUGCAGCUGUCGCACGUGCAUUUCUGAGCUGGGACAUUCCCUCUGGUUUGAUCAGAGAUUUAAUUCAACUAUGCAACCUUUCCUGACCUCACAAAAUGCCUUGAUCCCAGAAGACAGCUACAGGUGGUGGCUGAAACUGCAAGGAGAGAAAACUCCGAAGAAUAUUAAUGCUACUCUCAAGGAAUUUUUUGGGAUCAUUCCCGGGGAUGGGGAUCCGCUGCAAGACCGAGGCACUUACAUGUGCAAACGGUGCGCCGUCGUGGGCAACUCUGGGAACCUUCUGCAGUCUCAAUAUGGCCAAGAUAUUGACUCCCAUGACUUUGUGCUCAGAAUGAACCGUGCCCCUACCACUGGCUACGAAUCAGAUGUUGGGAGCAAGACCACUCACCACUUUGUUUACCCCGAGAGCUACAAAGAGUUGGCAGAAAACGUGAGCAUGAUCCUGAUCCCCUUCAAAACCCUGGACCUGCGCUGGGUUGUCACCGCUCUCACCACAGGCACCAUCAACUUCACAUACGUUCCAGUUCCACGGAAAAUCAAAGUCAAGAAAGAAAAGAUCCUGGUUUAUAAUCCAGCUUUUAUGAAAUACGUCUAUGAAAACUGGCUCCAGCAUCAUGGGAGAUACCCCUCCACAGGCCUUCUGACUUUGAUAUUUGCACUCCACGUAUGCGAUGAGGUGAAUGUAUACGGUUUUGGAGCAGACAGCAAAGGACACUGGCAUCAUUACUGGGAAAACAACGCUUCAGCUGGGGCUUUCCGGAAGACGGGUGUCCAUGACGGGGAUUUUGAGUUCAAUGUAACUUUGACUCUUGCCUCCAUUGAAAAAAUAAAUUUUUUCAAGGGCAGAUGACCCUGGCCACGGGGAAAAGUGGGGGCUGCAAUUUCCAACAUGCAGCAGAACAAAGCCCAGUGAAGAUGAUCAGGGCGCCAGCCAGGUUUGAAUGCGUGAAUCUGCGGUGGAUUCGGAGUGUCUCCCUGCUGCAAUGCUCACCGCAGGGAGCUUGGCCGAGGACCGGCUUCCACGCCGCACGUGAUUUCCUAUCUACAGAUAGCUGGGAACUACCAAUCAAUCAGUUGUGGGAAUAAAUGAAUCUCUGCUUAGGCUCUACAGUUGAUUUCUGAAUUACUGAUGAAAGAUCUGCCUGUUGCAAUUAGGGGAAAACUGGGCACAGGAACUGAACUGCUGUUUGUGUGUCCAUUCUUUCCUCGAGUAAGGCAAGAGAUCCUUGAAGAAGAGUGAAAACGACUUCUGGGACUUGAGACCCGCCAGGGCAGCUGUGAACAUCAUAGUAAGGAUUACCUCAAAGAAAUGAAUUCACUUCUGCUGUUGAUCUUCGUUUUGAACUGUCUCUUCUGUUUCCUCUUUUACUUCUGGUUUCACGCUGUAUUAAGCAAAAACAUGAUGAAGUUGCCUGGAGUAGUAAAAUUUUCAGUCAUUGCCUCAUUCUGCAUUGAUAGUGUCUAGAAAAUAUGGAUCAAAUCAUCUCUGAUCAUAUGUUAUUUAAUAUUGCUUCCUAUACAGCCAUAAUGAGAGAGAAAACAAUACUGAAAACUCCAGCAAAAAAAAAUGGCCUUUUUAGCCACUUGUUUGUUUGUCUUGUUACGUUAUAUAUAAGUUUUAUUUCUUUUUUUUUUUGGUGGAAAAUACUCUGGAAUGCUCAUUUUUAUUUAAUCAGUCUAAGGUUGGAAAGUGGACUUUUUUCUUUCAGUCGUUUAUAUGUGCCUUUUAUAAUUGUGCAACAGAUGUGAUUUUUUUUUUUUUAAAGACGACAAACCCUAAAUUAAACUUUUUUAUAAAAGGGGGAAAAAUUAACCAAAGUUUAACCUCCAUGUGGUAUACUUUUGUAGUCAAAACCAAUAAUAACAGUUCCUAUAUUGUAUUUGAGCAAAUACAAACAAGAGUAAUUUUUAAAGGUAGCUUUUACCUUUUUUAUGGGAAAAUAUCCAAAAGUUCCAAGGAAACUUUUCCUCUUAUUUUUUUACAAAUUUAGAAAGUGGUAUUUCUUUGCAAGGUCUCUAUUUGAAAUGGAAGAAAUAUCAUGGGUUGGGAUAUCAGCUAGUAAUACAAGAGGAAUCUUUUGCCUUGUAGCAGCAUCUACAAGGACACAAUUUACACAAGCUGAUCCUACAGUGUAAGCCAGACUUCAAAAUUAUGUGCAUCUCUGGAUGAAUGGGUGUAUUAAUGUCAGUACCUCUAGGCAGUGAGAGGAGGGAAGUGACAGUGGAGAUUUUAUAGCUACAGACUUUUGCUGGAGUCAACGCAUUUAAUCCUCAAGGACAGAUAAAGCAUGAAUUCAAGAACAAAGUUCACGUAGUGAAGAAUGGGGAACAGUGUUUUUUUUCUUCCCAAUACCAUGAAAAUAGGAUUAAUGAAUUAUUGACCCAUUUUCAGCUCUGAUGAAGCCAAUGGAGUUCUUGCCACAGACUUCAAGGGAUCAGGCUUGGAAAAAAUGGCAUAUUUAAUUUUUAAUGGGUUACGAUGGUUGGGGUUUGUGGCAGUUUAGAAAUCGUCUAAAUGACUCGUCUUUCAUGCACCAAUUGUGGCAGCACAUCCCAGCGGAUGAGUGU